AUGGAAGAACAAAUGACGAUCGAAGACUGGUUGGACGACCUCUGCGUCCGCUUUAUUCUAAACCUCCCGGAGGAAGAUUUGGGCUCGAUUCCGCACAUCUGCUUUCAAAUUGAGGAGGCACACUGGUUCUACGAAGACUUUAUCCGCGUCCUGGACCCCGCGCUGCCGCACAUGACACUCAAGGACUUUUGCCUUCGCAUGUUCCAACACUGUCCGCUCUUCGCAAACUAUUCGAUCGAGCACCACAUGCGGGCGUACCAAGAGUUUAUGCAAUACAAGACCAGAAUCCCCGUGCGCGGCGCCAUUAUGCUGAACCACGAGAUGGACAGUUGCGUCCUUGUGCGCGGCUGGAAGAACAACUCAACAUGGAGCUUUCCUCGCGGAAAGAUCAACAAGGAUGAAACCGACCUUGAUUGCGCCAUUCGAGAAUGCUGGGAAGAGACAGGGUUUGACUUGCGCAAGGCUGGCCUUGUUCCGGCCGACGACGACGUCAAGUUCUUCGACAUCACUAUGCGUGAUCAGCAUCUGCGAAUGUUCGUAUUCCGCGACGUGCCCAUGGACACCGUUUUUGAGCCCCAGACGAGGAACGAGAUCGGAAAGGUGGCCUGGUACAAUCUACGAGAUCUACCGGCUUUCCGCAAGAAAAAGGGAGGGAAACAAGCUGAAGGGGGCAGCAGUGCGGCCAAUGCCAUUCCAAACGCCAGCAAGUUCUACAAUGUGGCACCCUUUUUAGUCCCCCUGAAGAAGUGGGUGCUCAGCCAGAAGAAGAAGGACAUACCCCCCGAGGUACUUCAGGACGACGCAUUUGUCAACAAUAGAGAUAUCGAAGAGCUGGAGGCUGCGAUACCACACUUUCAGGCAGCCGCAAGCCGCUCCAUGGCAGCGGAACAAGAAAUGCGCAACUUGCUCAAUGGACAGCAACAGGCAUCGGCAUCGGCAUCACUGCCAAAUGGCAGCAACAAACAAGGGGCCGCUCUACUGUCCAUGUUGCAGUCCAAGGAGGCCUCAAUGGCCCCCUUUCAAAACCAGUAUCCCCAUACGCCCAUGGAACAGACCACGAUCCAGGCACCACAACCACAGUCACCACACUAUCGUCACCAUGCACAACGGCUAACCCAGGGUACCUUUGAGAAUCCACCGCAAUUCCCCAUGGUGCCGCAAGCACAAAUGAUGCAGGACAACCCCCAACAGCAGUAUCACGCAAGACCACAGGUUCUUAUGACAUCUGAUGCGAGUGGCGGGCCUCAUAUCAUGGUCGCUCCCCGUCAAUACCAAAACCAGCCACAGCUGGUCCACCCACAACCCCAACCACCACAAGUACAGCAAGCCUUGCUCAUGCGAGCCAUGCUUGGGACGCCGGGCGCACAACCUCACCAGCAACAUCAUCCUGGACCAAGCCACGCCGGCCAGAACAUUGCACACCAGCAUCCUCAACAGUAUCAUCAACAUCAACAUCAACAUCAGCAGCAGCCGCAGCCGCAGCCGCAGCCGCCACAACCAAAUCCCUUCAAUAUGGCCGCCAGCCAUGGACCUCCAGGGCAAUCACAGCCAUCAGCACAUUCAAUGGGACUACUCAACAUGUUCAAGGAUAAAAACGCCCAAGAAAAUGUGCAACAGGCUCCUAGUCAAGCCAAGUCCAUGCCGCCGCAGGACACACACCGAUCUGGGCUUCUGGGUAUGUUCAAGCAGGGUGAACAACACCCAGCGCCAGCAGCCGCUAGACCCGAUCUCCAGCUACCGUUUGGUGCCUUGUCAAUUGCAUCGAGGCCAAAACAACAGAGUCAGAAUAGGGCACAGGAACCUCAAGCUGCUGCUGCCACCACCCAUGCAGCGAGUCAGUCACCAAGAUAUCCAUACGCAGACCCAAAUCGUGGCGUGUCAGCCGCGGACAUGUCCAUCGCGCGGGCGCCAGAAGCGUCGGCACUAACCAUGCCAAACAACAUCUUACAACCACGGCGAGAGUCGACACACGAGCAGCGGACACAGCUGUUGUCUCUCUUUGGCAAAAACAAGGGUAAGGAGCCGGCCAUGUCUCCGUCUAUUGAGAUGGCACGCCCGAGAUCGCGUGUUGCGUCGAUUGCCUCGGGAGCUGGCAGCCAGUCAAGUAGACGUGGUAGCCAGACGCCGACGUCGCUUACACCAGCUGAUCAAAACUUCUUGUUAAAUUACCUGAAAAAUGCUUCCAAGCCGCAGCGUUAG